AAAAGGAAAGCCCACCUUUUUUCAUUGUUAAGGACGCGGUGGAAUGUGAUGGUUUGAUCUCCAACGGACCAGGGAGGGGAAGAACCAGAGCGAAGCAGCGAAACAGCGGGUUGAACCCCCCUGUCCUCCCCCCUCCUCCGGUCCGGGCUGGGAAUGUUUGGAGGACCUUGUCCCGGGCUCAGUCCUACCGCCGGGGGGAAGUUUGUGGAUUAAUUCGAGCUUUUUCUGCUUGGACCCCGGAGACGGAGCCGUUCAGGAUGGAGAGUUUGUGGAGAGGAGUGUGACGUCCUGAAAACAAUGACAGAUUUGUCUGCUAAACACCAUUUAAAGGCAGAGUUUGAGACCUAAACGUACAGUUGGACAUCCGGAACAAUACUGGCUGACAAAAGGAGCAGAGGAGCACUAGUGGGUCUUGCUAUCGUUGCUACGCAGAUGUGGAAGUCCAGGAAUUCUGCUAUCAUAUAAGCUGGACUAAGAAUCCGUUCUAAGGUUUGCAGCCAUGUCGGAUCAUAAAGACAUGACGCACCGCCACUUACGGCACAAGCUGCAGAGUCUGGGGAGAAGACUGGACGAGCUGGAAGAGGCAACCAACAAGCUGCAGAAGUCUGAGGAUGAGCUGCUUGACCUGCAGGACAAGAUUAUCCAGGCAGAGGGAAGUAACUCGUCCCUGCUCUGUGACGUGGAAGACCUACGGAAACGGCUCCUGAAGAUCCAGGGCAAGGAUGAGGAGGUACGCAAAGCUGAGGACCUCUGUCGCACAGUUCGAGAGAAACUAGAAGAAGAGGAAAGCCUCACCAAGGAGCUAAAGGGGGAGAUUGAGCGUCUUCAGCGGAGGAUGGCUGAACUGGAGAAACUGGAAGAAGCUUUUGCCAAAAGCAAAUCUGACUGCAGCCAACUCUGCCUCAGCCUCAACGAGGAGAAGAACCUCACCAAGAAGCUCUCCUCGGAGUUGGAAAUGCUCAAAUCCCGCUUGAAGGAACUGGAAGGUUCUGAGACGAGGCUGGACAAAGCAGAGCAGGCUCUGGCUAAAGAGCUGGACAGGCUUAAAGCCUUCACGCAGGCGUUCGUCAGUGAACGCAAGAGGCUGACAGAAAAACAAAGAGAGGAUGAGAGGAUCAUCCAGAAGCUCACGGAAGAAAAAAAGAACCGUUUCGGUCUGACAACAGAAUCGGGUCGCACAGAUUUCAUGAAUUCAAGAAUCGAAGAUGAACUCUCCUCCACUGCGCUCUUCACAAGUAAACUAGCUGGGAAGAAGAACCUAGACUACUUGAAGCUAGCCGAUGAGAAGCUGGGCAUCGUCAGUAAGUCUGAGAUGAAGAAGGGCAGCAGUAUGGAAGGCUCACAGGAGGAAGACAACAAAGUGAAAGAGCUCACUCAAGAAGUAGAGAAGUUAAAGAACCGCCUGAAGCAGCUGGAGCUAGUGGAGGAGGAUCUGAAGGAUUCCCAGUUCAAGAACGGCGAGCUUCACAAGAAGUUUCAGGUGGAGCAACAGCGAGCUCGUCAACUGGGCGAACAGGUGGAGCAGCUCCGGACCCAGAUGUCUGGAAAAGCUGGAGUAGGGGGGAGAGGAGUGGGAAACCCGGCAAAGGUCCUGGAGAACGGCAAAGCUGAGAACGAGGAGUGGGCGUCAAAGGGAGCCGCCAGGCACGAGAAGCCGAAGUUUAAAAGUUCAGCGGCUUUUCCUGAACCGGGCUCUCCGAAGCACAGGAUCCGGGAGCUGUCUCCUCAGCCCAGGAGAGAAACCAAGCUGAGGAGCAAAGAGCUCAGCCAAUCUGAGGAGGGUUCUCCAAAGUCGGUGAGGAGAGCUCUGAGUCCAGCUCAGAGGAGGAGGACCCCCAGAGCCCCGCCUACUGCCCUCACGUCUGAUAACGGAAUCACAGCAAGGUUCUCCGAGGAGAGACCUAAAGGAACUCUGUUCGGCUCUGCAAACUCAUCAUCAGAUGUCAAGAAGGUGUCCGUCCUGAGCCGCUACCCUCCAGCCGCUAAUGAGCAGAAGCCUCUGAGGACGCAGUUCAAACAGACCGAUCCAGAGAUUAAAAAAAGGGAGAGGGUUUCUAAACCCUACAUAGGCAGCGAUAGUGAGUCCAACUGCUCUGAUGCUGUGCCUGAGAGCUCUGUUAGCGUGAACGACGUGUCCGCACUGGAGAAGGAGGUGGCGGCCACUUACCAGGAACCAGUAGACAGAGUUCAGGAAUCCGCCACUCUAGCUAAAGCCAAUGGUUCUUACCCGGCGUACAGAUCUCACAUCACUUCACUGCUGCCCAACGACCACGGCUCAGACAGUCAGUCAUCUGCUUCUGAAACCGAAUCUACGGGAUCGAGGCCCUCGGAGGUAGAACCUGUGGCUGAGACGGUGUGUCCACCUGUGAGCAGCAGGACGACGCCGACCUCUAGGUACUCCAGAUACCCACAUGUCCAGGACUCGCACUCGGAGGGCUCGUCUUCCAGGAGCUCCUUUGACGAGGACCUACACACCAGGACACAGGCUUUAGACGGAGGCCACCUGAACCCGUCGCCGAUCGAGAUCCAGAGAGUUUGCAGCCCAAGAGAGGCCCUGCGCUCCAAAGCCGUCAUUAAACCAGCCAUCAUCGAGAUCGACAGGAAGGAAGUCAUGAUUUCUGACUCCUCGUCAACCAACGGUAAACCAAAGAUCUCAACCAAGCCGGUUUUGACCGCCACCUCCAAAAUGACCAGCAGCAUAACCAUCUACCCCAGUGACCUGGGCUCUUCGAGGACAAGCAGCCGCAGCAGCAGCUUAUCCAGCGAACCGCUGCCUGUGAAGGAGCGCCACACGUCCACCAGCAACAUCGUCAUAGGGCCCAGCAGUGACCAUCGCGGCAGCAUAUCCGUCCCAUAUGAGAUCUCCAUAUCUAAGAGUGAAAUCGGUUUGCGUUCGUGCUCAGACCAGGACGGCGGCACCGAUGAACCCAGCGACGCGCCGACGAGGUCCAAACUCCUCAGCCCCUCCAGGGUGGAGACCAGCAGCAUCUCCACGGGUCACCAGCACGCCAUCGGCAGGCGCCAGUCCUCAGAUAGUGCCUCAGUAGAGUUCAACGACACCGAGUCUGGGUUUGAGAGCGGCAGCAGCACGACGACCACGGUGACCAGCUGGAGGAGCCACAUCCAGACCGAGCACUCCCAGGACGACACUUUAUCAGACAUAAAGAAUGUGACUGUGAGGAGCACAUGGAGGACCAGAGGAGGAGCGGAGGAGGCGGGUCGAGGACAGAUGAGGAGCAAAGCUCUGACAGACGGGGGAGCUGGAGACGAAGCAGAGGCUUCAAAAACAUGGAGAGCGUAUCGUGCGACCACCGUCGACAUGGAGGACACUGGGAACGGCGCAGCAGCUGUAGCGGCGCAGAGAGGAACUAAACCGGCAGAGGUGUCCACGCGUCGGUACAACAGCGCCACAAGCACUAGAGACUCAGAGUCUCCGACCGUGGAAGUGGGAAGGACCGUACCCCACGCUCCAGUUACCUCCCAGUCCUGGAGCCGAUCGUACUCCCCGCUGGCUAAAGAGAACCCAGACCUGGCCUCUAAUCCCGCCCUCAGCCCGGCCUCUUGGAGGCGUCACCAGCCCCCCAGUGACCAGCAGCACCUGGGGAGCUCCUAUGACCGGUUGACCAAAACAACCAGUUCUUCAACCAGAGGAGGGGAGUCUUGGUCCAGCCGAGGUCGGGGAUCGAGGACCGGAGCGGGACACCGAUCGUGGAACCAGUUUCAGUCGGAGCAUCAUUAGGCAGGAUGGAGGCAGCUUCCAGCCAGGUUUCCAUCCUCCACGUCACCUGAUGCAACCGUCUGCAGCCUCCGUCCUGCUCUGCUUUGGAUGUCCUCCCCUGGAUCAGCCUGUGCUUCCUCUUCUGCUCCCCCCCGCCCCCCAUCACCCCGACAACGGAGAGGCCGGCGUGCUGCUGAGGGCCGAGGAUCUUCCUGCAUGUCGGAGAAGGAUUUUAAGCUCCCUCCCCUAAAUAAAACCCCAGACUGACCCGUUUCUAAGAACAUAGAACCGAAACGUCUCCGCCUGCGACCAAAAGACGGGAAGAUAAUUAAACCUGGCUGUGAGACGCCUGUUGAUAUCCAUGCAUGGGAGAACCAGGAGCACGUAGAGGUUCAUUAAUCCACGUUGGCACCUUCUGGGCGAACAUCCGCAUGUCCAAGAAAAAAAAAGAAGCACUUGAAGGCUGUGAGUCGGCAUGCUCUCUGCUUAAAGGAAGACAGCGGCUGGUUCCAAUCAGCCAAACUGGGAUCAUAUUUAUGCUUUUUCUUCCCCAUAACUCUGCUUCAGCUCGUCCCUCUUCCUUCACCUCAGAUGGAAAUAAAAGCAAAUUGCACACAUUUAGAAAGCAGCGCCAUGUGGAGGAACAGAGGAGGCGUCCCUCUCUCCUCUUUUUUUAUUCGUCUAUGUUUGUUUCUAAGAGCCAUAGAGGAAAAGUUUGGUUUAAGGCGGCCUUCCAGUCCUGGACUGCCAGCAGACCUGCACUUCCGCCGCCGUCGUUAAAAAAUGCUGCACUGUUACAGGAGGGGGGGGGUACUGUAAACUGAAUCAUGCAGAUUCAGACAGAAGUGGAUUUAUUGGUUGAAGCAAAGCAGGUUUUACUGUGAGGAUUUCCAGAAAGCUGCACAGCGACCUGCACAGGAUGAUGAUGAUGAUGGAGCUGGAGGAAAGGCCCUGAUGUGGGAUUAUUUUCUACGACCGCCAUCCUGCUAGCAGCCUGUUGCCACGCCGUCACUUUACCUUUUAAUGCCAGCAGCUGAUCCGUCUGCAGCUGUUGCCUCCUUCCUGAUGCACGUCUGGGUGGAAAAUCAUUAUUUUUUUUAGAAAAAAAAGGUUUGGGAACGUGUGUUCCUGCACAUCAGUUGUUUCUUCCACGUCCGCUGUGUCCAUUUGUGCCUUGGAGGUUGCAGAUGAGGCGUCCCUGCAGGCUCAGACUCUAAGGUGCAGCUCAGGACGUCUGACU